AUGAACAUAGAGACACCUAUAACAAUUAAAGUUUCAAAAACUAAUAGUUCUAAUUCCAAUCGUUUUACUUUGAUUACUGAGAAAAUUGAUUUUAACGAUCCAAAACCAUUAUUAAGAUUUAAGACUUUAUUGGCUCAUUAAAUCAUUUAAAAGUGA